AUGCUAGAGCAUGUAGUUGAGACCCAAGAGAAGAUACUAGCAGAAGAUCACCUACAUCGACUGGCAUCAGAGCACGAACUUACACGAGUAUACCUUACAGAUGGCAAGACAAAGAAAGCCGUUAAGAUGCUGGAGCAUGUGGUUGCGGUUGAGGCAGAGAUAUUAGCAGAGGGUGAUCCCAGUUGGCAUUUGUUACAAGACCUGCUGCAGUACUGCUAUAAGAGGUUAGAAGGGGCCGGUGCAGUAAUGGAGUCUAAGGCAUCGGUCCUCGCGCAGGAGUACAUUGUCCACUAA